UGUUUGACUACAUAAAUGUGUAUUUAUCUAAUACUAGAUCAAAGAAAUUCUAUAAAACCAAUUCACAAAUCACCAAAACAAAACAAAACAAAAACUGAGUUGAUCAAGAUGAAGCUCGUGAUCCUAGUAUCCUUCUUACUCGUUCUCCCAAUGUUUUCUUCCGGGCUCGUGGAGACUUUGCAACUCGACAACGUCAAACACGAGGUCAUGAAUGGUAAAAGAAUCGAUCUAGAGUUGGACUACACUGACCCUCGUCUAAGCCCGUCCGUCCCAUCCGACGACCCUAUAGGAAAAAACAAAGUUGUGACAAAGGAACGACCGGUGCACAUCAAAGACGACUACACGGAUCCGAGUUUACUUCCAAUCAAAAACGACUACAUGGAUCCAACACCAAGGCCAGUCUUUCAACGACCGCAGCCAUCAUUUGCAUCUCCUCCUCCUCCUCCUUCUCCUCGCCUUAAAUCACUAGUCCAUUAAUUUUUAUAAACAAAAACUGUUGUCAUUAGACGUUUUGUCUUAAUCUAUGUCGUGAUUCUAAAUAAAUAAAACAACAAUUGGCAGAGAACA